UAACGCGUGAAAAACAUGAAGCUAUUGUGGUCGUUGCUGAUGCUGUGUGCCCUUGUGGGCCUCAGCCGUGCUCACGAACCUCACGUUUGGACGUCCCUUGGUGAAAUCAAGGGAUCCGUUAUGUAUACCAGAACGAACAAGACUAUUCUUGCAUUCCGAGGUGUGAGAUACGGCAAGUCUACCGAGGGAGAACGUCGGUUCAAGAUCGCUGAACCCAUCGAGUCGUGGGCUGGAGUUUUGGACGCUUCGAAAGAGGGACCAUCAUGUCCUCUAAUCGCUGCUCCUGAAUUGGCUAGUGAAGAUUGCUUGAGACUAAAUAUCUAUGCAGGCAGGUUACCAAAUGGACCAAAUCAAGAGGCUAAUCCUAACCGCCCAGUUGUUGUCUGGUUCCAUCCAGGUGGUUUCUACGGCUUUUCAGCUCAAAGUUACGUCUUUGGACCUGAAUAUUUCUUGGACCAAGAUAUCGUAUUAGUAACGGUUGAAUAUAGAAUGGGAACUUUUGGUUUCAUGAGCACUGGAGAUGCUCGUGCACCAGGCAACCUGGGACUAAAGGAUCAAGUCGAGGCUUUACGUUUCGUUCAAAAGCACAUUUCAGCUUUCGGUGGUAAUCCUAAUUCCGUGACCAUCGCUGGUAAUAGUGCUGGUUCUUGGAGCUGCAUUUACCACAUGAUGUCGCCAAUGUCAAAAGGUCUCUUUCACCGAGUGAUCGCUUCCAGUGGUUCACCCACGACUCCCGAUCUCGUACCUACGAAUCAGACUGAUAUCCUAAUGAGACAAGCUAGCUUUGUCAAUUGUCCUAGCAACAACGUCGACGCUGCCAUCGAAUGCUUGAAGAAAUUACCGCACCAGCAAAUCAGUGACACUUUGCCUAAAUUUUACGAAUGGUACAAUGACCCAACUCUGAUCUGGAGUCCAGUCGUCGAACCCGUUGUACCUGGCGUCGAGAGGUUCAUCGUCGAUCAACCACUCAAUCUGAUCCGUCAGGGCAAAUUCGAACAUGUUCCUCUUAUUACAGGCAUUACUAAGGACGAAUUAGGUGGUAUCGCUGCUCCUUUUUAUGAGGCUGCUUUGAAAGGCGACGAGUCGGUUUACAAAAAUUUCACUGACAACUGGGAACACGCAGCCCCAAUAAGUUUCCAAUAUGAGCGUGACACCGAACAUUCCCGGCAUGUCAGCAGAGCGCUCAAAAAGUUUUACUUCAACGACAAGCCCAUUACCGUUACGAAUGGCCUGCAACUUAAUUUGAUUUACACUGAUGCUAUCAUCGGUUGGCCAACUCAACGUUUUGCUCAGCUGAUGGCUCAAUACUCCAAAGCACCAGUGUACAACUACCAAUUCAUCUAUCAAGGACGUUACAGUUUUGUUACGUGGUCUGACACUAAGAAACCUUUCGGCGUUCUACAUCAAGACGACUUACUGUACUUUCUCACACUCUCCUUCGGUUUCCCAUUGCUGACACCUGCCGACCCCGAAUGGCCAAUGAUACAGAAGAUGACGAGUAUGUGGGCGAACUUUGCCAAAACCGGUGAACCCAUCCCGAAAAACAAUCAUUUGUUCAAGGAUGUCACCUGGAAGAGUCUUAAUCCAAAAGAACAAAAUUACCUCGAAAUCGGCGAAACCUUCACAGUUAAGAAUAGGAUGUUCUCGGAGAGAUACGCUCUGUGGAAUAUGCUUUUCCCUAUGCCACCUCUCACCGCAGUGUCAAAUGACUCACAGAUCUGUUUGAAGGUUGCCGUUGAGCGUUACGUGUGGAUACCAGACACAAGCAGAGACGCCGGCGGCUCAGUGCUCGCGAUGAGUUCGACGCUGUCGCUGCUAGUCGUCGCGUGCUUGGCGGUGAUUGCCGUCGUCGCCGAAGACGAGGUUGCCGACGAGCUUGUCGUGCAAGCGCCGUCGGGCAAGUUGAAAGGGUCGCUUCUUGAGACGAGGUUGGGCAGAAAGAUCUUUGCAUACAGAGGAGUGAGAUAUGCCGAGCCACCGAUCGGGCAACAGAGGUUUCAGCCACCUGCACCAGUUCAUCCGUGGGACAACGUUUACGAUGCCUCGGAAGAAGGACCAGCGUGUCCGCAAGGUGGUACCGAAUACGAGUCCGAGGAUUGUCUUCGUUUGAACAUAUACACCACCAAGAUUUCCAGUGCUGAAGACAUUACCAGAAGGCCUGUGAUAGUAUACUUCCAUCCUGGUGGAUUUUACUCAUCGUCCGCUCAAAGUUUCAUCGACGGACCACAGUUCCUGUUAGAUCAUGAUAUCGUAUUAGUCACUGUGAACUAUCGUCUCUCAUCUUUAGGUUUCAUGAGCACAGGCGAUUCACUCCUGCCCGGUAACUUAGGACUAAAAGACCAAGUAGAAGCCCUUCGUUGGGUGAAGAAGAACAUCGCAGCGUUUGGCGGCGAUCCGAAUUGCGUAACCAUCACUGGUUACAGUGCUGGCUCCUGGAGCAUCUCACUUCACUUGGUAUCACCGAUGUCCAAGGGUCUUUUCCAUCGUGCCAUCGCUUCCAGUGGCUCGGCCAUUUACCAAGAACUACUACCCACCAACCAAACUGAUCUCGCUAAGAAACAGGCCGAGCUUCUCGGUUGCCCCACUGACACCGUUGGCAACAUGCUCGUUUGUCUCAAUACCAAAACCGCCGAGGAGUUCGGCGGCACUGUUGGCCAGUUUUUCGAGUGGUACGGUAACCCGAUCCUCCAGUGGUUGCCAGUAGUCGAGCCAGAAGUGCGAGGAAUCGAACGUUUCCUUCCAGCGCAGCCACUUGACCUCAUUAAAGAAGGAAAGUUCCACAAAGUUCCUUUCAUCACCGGUGUGACCAAGGACGAAUUUGGCGGACGUAUCGUUCCAAUGAUCGAACAAGCGAAAAGUGGUAACGACUCAAUGUUUCGCGAUCUAAACGAACAGUGGGAGCGAUUGUCUCCGAUAAAUUUCCUUUACGAGCGUGGUACUGAUCGCUCGAAGGAAAUCAGCAAGAAACUCAAAGACUUUUACUUGGAUGGCAAAAACGUCAGCGUGGAAAAUUCCGAGGGCCUCGCACGCCUUUUCGCUGAUGGCGUCAUUGGCUACUCCGUGCACAAGCUCGUCAACUUAGUCGCGCAAGCUUCCGAUCAGCCGGUUUACUACUACAAGUUCACUUUCCAGGGACCUUACAGCCACGUCACUUGGAAUGACACGAAGAAGCCUUACGGCGUGGUUCAUCACGACGACCUGCUCUACAUAUUCCGCGUGAGCUUUUUCCCGGAAUUUGACAAAAACUCAGCGGAGAUAAGGACAGUCGAACGCAUGACGGCGAUAUGGUCGAACUUUGCGAAAACAGGCGAACCCAUACCCAAGGAUAGCGAACUCUUCGCCAACGUUACGUGGGAGAAAUUCACUUGCAACAAUCAAAAGUACUUGAACAUCGGUAAAGAUCUCGCGAUGGAAACUGCACUGUACCAGGAGAGAAUGGAUUUCUGGGACAAACUAUUUCCCGUUGAUUAUAAUAAGCAAUGAUGUGCUUUUUAUCGAGUGACAUGUAACAUUUUUUACGAGUAACGCCCCACAAACGUCAUUUAAAGCAGACACAUUUUUCUUCUUUCACACACGAGAGGCGAGAAAGAAGAAAAUCUCCAGUGAUACACGAGGAAAAGUACGAAGUCACAUGCGAUUUUCUUAGUCAUUGUUCUUACGUUACAGUAUAGUCGAGAGAGCUUUUCCGUCGCGCAAUAAUUAUGUAAAUAUAUGAGUGAAUAAACUUUGAGUAUCGAU